AUGAUGGGAAAACAUCGAAAACGAAAAAUCAAUCCUCCGGUUAUACCCAUACACCCUAAUGAAGAGAAAAAAAAAAAUCUGAAUAAUUUUAUAACAUAUAAAGAUUUAAAAAUUAGAUGGAGAAAUACCUCCAAGAAUUAUCGAAAAAAAGUUACCAUAGCUAGGAAGUGGAAAAAUCUUCACUGUUUACUACCUAUGAAUAAAAGUACCUGUAUGUUUGUUUUACAUAAUAAUUUGCCUUACACUCGUUUAACGAAAAAAAGUUAUAAAUCACAAGAAAAAAAUGAAAUUGUUUUAAACGAAUCAUAUGAGGAAGCAAAGGAUGAAAGUAAGGAAUAUUGUGAAGGUGUCAAGGAUAAUAAUAAUAAUAACAAAUGUGAUAAUAAGAAUCAUACAGAUAUAUAUAAUACAUCCCUCGGAAGAAGGAAAAUUUAUAAUUGGACGAAAAAAGAAGAAGAAGAAGAAGAAGAAGAAAAAAAAAAUAAAUCAAAUAACAAUCCUUGUAAGAUGAAUGAAGGAAAUUAUUAUGAAAAGCCACCAAAAAAUUUAGAAUAUUUACUUAAAAAAGAUAAGAAUGAUUUAUUUUGUAUCUUUAAAUCAAAUAUAACUAAUGAACAUAAAGUAACAAUUGGUGAUAUUGUACAAACAGAAAGAUUACACAGAAAAAAAGCAGGAGAUAUUAUUUAUUUUGGAACUAUUUUAUUUGUUGGAUCACCAAAUUUCUCAAUCAUAGGAAAACCUACCAUACCAUAUUGUAAAGUAAAAGCAGUAAUAGAGCAAAUUACUUUAAGUAAAGAAAUUAUUAGUUUUCGUUAUAAAAAAGUUAGAAGAUCUAGUCGAUUUCUAAGAAUAAAACACUGGAUUACCAUAUUAAAAAUACAAGAUAUUAUUAUUGAAUUAAAUCAACAUACUAUAAAUGAUGAACGUAAAAAACCUUUACAAAUUUUAGAUCUUUGGGCAAACAGAUGGUUAUAUCAAAAGGAAUUAAACUUUAUGAAAUUCGAUGAAUAUAACAAACCUUUAGCAGAUCAAAUUUUUAACUUAAUCGAACAUCAACCUAAUACUCUACACAGACGGGGAUUAAACAAAUGUUAUAGGUACCCUCCCGAUCCACAUGUACCACUCACCUACUGA